UGUCGCCUUUUUCCAUUAGUAUUCGUGUUUGGGUCAUUGUUGCUUGUCACCCAACGCAACGAAAUCGAAAACAAUAAGCCUAAAACCAAUACGAAUUCCUGUAUACAUAAAUAGAAAAAAACCUACAUUACAGGUAGUGAGUAAUUUUUGGCUGAAGUACUCAAGUUGAACAAUGCUAAUCCAUUAGACAUGGCAGAUUAGUGUCCACUGCCACCCAAUUCACAUCCGUAUCAAGCGAACUUGUUCUUGGGCCCACAGCAAAUCGAGUAUAAAUGGAGCAGUUGGUCUUUGGAAUAGUAUCAGUCAACGCACUUCAAUCUUUCAGAACGUUUCGUCCAAACAAACCAACCCCAAACACAAUCAACAUGAAAUUCCUCAUCUGCUUGGCACUCUUGGUCGCUGUGGCUCAGGCUCACGUUGUGGCACCAGUUGCCACCUAUGCUGCUGCACCCGCUCUGACCUACGCAGCUGCCCCAUCCGUCUACUCGGCUGGCAUUCCGUCCGUCUACUCGGCUGCUGCUAUUCCACGUGCCUAUACCACAUACGCUGCUGCCGCUCCCUCCGUCUACUCUGCCUCGUAUGUGGCGCCAUCUGUGUACUCUGCGUAUGCUGCCCCCGUUGCCACCUAUGCCGCACCCGCCGUUGUCUCCACGCUCCUCAAGAAGUAAUCAAAAGUAACUAACACACUACUACAACAUGUAUGCGAAUUUAGUCUGUGUCGAGCGUAUAAAUAUAAAUUGAGCUGAAAUUAA